AUGGUACAGCCUGGAAGUGCUGGACAGCUGCAGGACAGAGGCAGGACAGAGAUCACGGAGCAGCCUGAGCGCCGGAUGGCGGAGCGGAAGGCAGAGGGCAGCGAGCGCCCGCAGCGAGAGAGGGGCCUGGGGCGGGGCCUCCAUAAAGCCUCGAGGCUAGUUGGCUCGCGCUUCCCGUCGGCGCUGAGCAUGUUCGCUGGCACCCUAGGUGACCGCGGGCUCCUGCUGCUGCCGCCGCUCCUGCCGCUGCCGCAGGUGGCGCUGGGCUUCGCGGAAGGCAGCUGCGACCCCUCGGAUCAGCUUAUCCUGCUCACUGUCGUCCUGCUGCUGCUGUGUGGGGUCACGGCCAGCUGUGUCCGGUUCUGCUGUCUCCGGAAGCGGGCGCACGCCCAGCCACACCUGCCAUCAGCACCUGAGCCUUGCGACCCGACAGCCAUCCCCGCGGACAGUGACAGCCCCAUGCACAGCACUGUGUCAUCCUACAGCUCCGUGCAGUACCCGCUGGGCAUGCAGCUGCCCCUGCCCUUUGGGGAGCUGGACCUCGACUCUAUGACCCCUCCCGCCUACAGCCUGUAUGCCCCUGAGCUGCCGCCCUCCUACGAAGAGGCCGUCAAGAUGGCUAAAACCAGACAGGAAGAGCCACCCCCCUCCCAGGAGACCAGCCCCCUUCCUGAGGCCUCAUGCCUAGAGCCCCCUCCAGGGCCCCAGGAGUGGGGCCGCAAUGCCCAACACCCCUGGCUGUAGCCCUGGUGCCCCCGGAAGGGGCAGGAAAGCUCUCCCGAGCCUCCCGAUGCCAUCAGCCACUCCGUGCUCACAGGGGACUGUGCAAGGGCACCCCAGCC